AUGGAUGAAGUAGAACUCUCUUUUAUACCACACAACACAUCUUACGUAUGGAAACCACCAAUAAAACUGUCUGAUUGCUCGUCUGAUUUUCUCCAAACGUGUCCUGUUGACUACAGUCUUCUGGAAAACCCAUUUUCCUCCAAAUCAGAGUCGUAUAAUGCUAAACAGGAAGCAAAAUUAUGGCAAGGAUUGGGUAUUUUAACAACUAGUACUAGUGAAGUCGAUGGAGAGAAGCCACCUAGUGAGAAUCCUUAUUACCUAACAACAGUACCUGCUCUCCACAGCAAGCGAGAAUUGAAACGAAUUCGUCGGGCUGAGCGCAAAAGCAAACUAUCAAAUUGGUUUGAUCUGCCGAGACCUGAUGUCACUGAAGAAGAUCGUGAUGAUUUGGAAUUAAUUAGAUUGCGUCGAGCUAUAUCAUCAGAUACUCACGUGAGACGAUCAGAUGGGAAAUCUGCCUACUUCCAGAGAGGUGUAGUUUUAGAUGAUCCCGGAAGCUUUUACGAUAGACUGCCACGAAAACAAAGAGGAAAGACACUCGUAGAUGAGCUUCUGGCUAAUGCUGAAAUUAUGAGGGUUCAACGGAAAAGAUAUGCCAAAAUCGCACGUACUUUGGCUGAAAAACGAGCUGCUAUUAAAAGGAAGGAGCAGCAACAAAUGAAGCGCAUAAAAACUGGUCGUAAAAAACAACAAGCAACAGUAGUUGUUCAUGAUUAA